AUGAUAUUUCAAGGCACUUUAAAGUCUGGCAGAAGUGCGAGGCACUCCUUCGGUGGCCCGAGAAGCUUGGAUGGCUGGUGGGACUGGAGCCUGACCACGAUGCUGGAAGGCCUGUACUGGGGAGGCCUCUCCACAGCCAGCAUGCCAGGUGCUCAGGAGGGCGUCCAUCUAGCUCUUGGAGGAAAGCACCACCUCCUAGGCCAUUUGGUCAUUAAACAGCUGAAAGGUGCAAGGCCGACUUUGAAAUGUGCAUCUGAUUCUUCUGAUUGGUGGUUUCGUCCUCAUCUUCCCAGCGCAUUUUCAGAGCUUGUGGAAGACUCUUUCCCUACAUGUGGCCCCAAAGAUGGAGGCCCUGAAACCCCCUCUGUGAUAGACCCAGAGAUCCAAAGAGUGGCCCCAGGUGGCCCCAGGGGCUCCCAGGAGGAGAGCUCAGCCUGGGCAGCACAAGCCCUGACCGGCCCCAGGGCCAGUGGUUGGAUUGACCACAGCACCAGGGCUGUGUCCAUGCACUUUACCCUCUACAACCCUCCAACCCAGCUCUUCUCAAGCGUGUCCCUGAGCGCUGAGAUGCUCCCCACUGGGGGUCUCACCCUCUCCUCCCUGCUGGAGUCAGUCACCAUCUUCUGCAGUGACUCAGCCCCACUGUACCACAUCCUGCUUCCAGAGCUGGUCUUCCUGGUGCUCAACCUGACUCACCUCUGUUUCCAAUUCUCUGGCAUGAUCGGGAUUUUGCUCUCCAAG